GGUAGGGGCGGGGCCGGGAGGAUGGUGGCGCAUGCGCGCUGCGCUAGCGGUCCCGGGGGUGCUUGUCCGGUCCGGGUCGCGGUUGGUGUGGGGGGCGGUGGCGGUGCGGGGGCUGUAGUGGCCCCGCUCCCGGUCCCCCACCCGCCAGCUCCGUCCCGCAUCUCGGCAGCUGCUUCGCUUGGUUCGGUGGCGCUGGGACCCCGCCGUCGCGUUCAGCUCCUCGCUGCCCCCCUCCCGGGGGGCUCCGCCAUGGCGAUGACAGGCCCGACACCGUGCUCGUCCAUGAGUAAUCACACCAAGGAGCGAGUUACGAUGACCAAGGUGACGUUAGAGAACUUCUACAGCAACCUCAUCGCUCAGCAUGAAGAACGAGAGAUGAGACAGAAGAAGCUGGAACAAAUGAUGGAAGAAGAAGGCUUAAAAGAUGAAGAGAAGAGAAUCAGGAGGUCAGCACAUGCACAGAAGGAGACAGAGUUUCUUCGCCUAAAGAGAACAAGGCUUGGUUUGGAAGACUUCGAGUCUUUAAAAGUGAUCGGCAGAGGAGCAUUUGGAGAGGUGCGGCUUGUCCAGAAGAAAGACACGGGGCACGUUUAUGCCAUGAAAAUACUACGUAAAGCCGACAUGCUUGAGAAAGAGCAGGUUGGCCACAUCCGAGCGGAGCGGGACAUCCUGGUGGAGGCAGACAGCUUGUGGGUGGUGAAAAUGUUCUACAGCUUUCAGGACAAGCUGAACCUCUACCUGAUCAUGGAGUUCCUGCCCGGAGGUGAUAUGAUGACGCUGUUGAUGAAGAAAGACACUCUGACGGAAGAAGAGACGCAGUUCUACAUAGCUGAGACCGUGCUGGCCAUCGAUUCCAUUCAUCAGCUGGGUUUUAUCCAUCGGGACAUAAAACCAGACAACCUUCUUCUGGAUAGCAAGGGCCACGUGAAACUCUCGGAUUUUGGUCUGUGUACUGGACUGAAGAAAGCCCACAGAACAGAAUUCUAUAGAAACUUGAACCAAAGUCUUCCCAGCGACUUCACUUUUCAGAACAUGAAUUCCAAAAGGAAAGCAGAGACUUGGAAGAGGAAUAGACGGCAGUUGGCUUUCUCCACUGUGGGUACUCCGGAUUACAUUGCUCCUGAAGUUUUCAUGCAGACGGGAUACAACAAGCUCUGUGACUGGUGGUCGCUCGGGGUCAUCAUGUACGAGAUGCUGAUCGGUUACCCACCAUUCUGUUCUGAGACUCCUCAGGAAACGUAUAAGAAAGUAAUGAAUUGGAAGGAGACUCUGACAUUUCCUCCAGAAGUUCCAAUAUCUGAUAAAGCAAAGGAUCUUAUUUUAAGAUUUUGCUGUGAAUGGGAGCACAGAAUUGGUGCAUCUGGUGUGGAGGAAAUAAAGAGUAACCCAUUCUUUGAAGGGGUUGAUUGGGAGCAUAUCAGAGAGAGACCUGCUGCAAUUUCAAUAGAAAUUAAAAGCAUUGACGAUACCUCAAACUUUGAUGAAUUCCCAGAAUCUGAUAUCCUUAAACCAACAGUGGCCACAGGCAACCAUCCGGAGACCGACUACAAGAACAAGGACUGGGUUUUUAUCAAUUACACCUACAAGCGUUUCGAAGGCCUGACAGCCCGAGGAGCGAUACCAUCCUAUAUGAAAGGAGGGAAGUAACAGGGAGUAACACACCUGUACCUGGGACAGCUUCUGAGCCGUGCAAUUCCGUUCCUGGAGUUCGAGUUUAUACCUAGAACUUUCUUUUUUUAAGAAAACUUGAGGGCUAUCAACUCUUGGAGACUUCAGGACCCUGUUUGUUACACACCCUGGUCGUUACUAAGGAUUUUUUCUUUCUGCACCAUUGAAAAAUUCCAUGAAAUGUUUGCGCCAUCUCUUCCGCGAGCACGUUUUGCUGCUUCAGGAGCCAGAGUUUCAGUUUUCUGUUUAAAUUCUUUGCCGGAUUCCGCAGUCCAGCGGGAGAGGGGAGCAAACCUUCCCCUGGCCCUGCAAAGCACGCCAUGCCCAGUCCUGCAUUAAAUGACAAACUCAACCCGCCAGUUCUGCUGUUUCCCAGUGGCUGAGGACUUCAGGACAGAGGAAACAAAGCAAUAAUUAAAGCUCGAGACAGGCAGCUCUCCAGUGAACUAUCUAGUAGGACACGACUUGGAUUGCCUUAAGCUUAGUUUGUAGUGCUGUUUUUAACAAGGCCACUUGGAAGCCUCUUUAAUGGCAUUUCUCCGCGCUGCCGCCAUGGCCCCCAGUUGUGGGUCACUGCACUUGUGGUACUAAGACCCUCAAGCCAUUUAAUAUUUUUUCUAAAUUCAAAAAACCACGUGCGACUCUUUCUUUUCUAGCCAGCGACAGCAGGAACAGGCCGCUUCCCACCCCGAGCCAACAGUUUUCGGUUGCCAUACGAAAGGACGGAUCUCUAAAGGAUGGAGAUGAUAAAAACUACAGCUGCUCGCACAAGCCCACCUGGAAUUAAAACGGGGAGGGAAAUUCAUUGAACCGAUCCCUGGUGCUCCCGCUGCUGCCAUCUUUUGGCCACUUCUGAGAUCUGCUGCAUCUCCAGCUGUUUGAAGACAAAACCAUCUGUGGCUUUUAUUGCUCCUGGUUUGGGCAGAACGGGAUGGGAUUCCUCCGUGGGUCUCGCUGCUGGAGGCCUCCUGGUGUUUCCUACAGAGCUUCCUCGUCCCUCUGGUUUCCACUUUUGGGGCAGCGGAACCCACCUUGUCCACAAUUUGAUGACCACCUGGUGUCAUUUCUGGAAGUACAUUCAGUUAGGAUCGGGAUGCUCUCCAGGAGAGCCCCAAAGUGCCUUUCCUCGCCUCGACAUCUCUCGCACACGCCUGCGUUUUGGGAAGGAGGGUUCUGCCUCCCUUGAGCUUUCGGCAAUUCCUUUUAAUGAUCAUGAGCCCGCCUUUGAACCUGGUUUGUAGUUAACUCCUCGCUUCCAGGGGCAGGUGGCAUUAACUUGGGGGCCUGCCUGGUUCCGGUCUUGAAUUUGCAAUCAGAUUUUUAAAUAAUAUCAGUUUAAUGAGGUUUCUAAAAGCGUGGAUCAAUUUGAACUGCCUUGGAUUCUCGCAAACUUCUAUUGGUGCUGAAUGCGAUGUAGCACAGACAAAGCAAAGCCGUUUAAAACAAAGUGUUCCAAAGGAAGGCUUUCAGUUAGAUUUAGUCCUGACUAUCUAGAUUAAGAAAUGACAGCAAAUGGAUUUGUAGUGCAACUUUUUGAAAUAGGUGUUUUUAGGGAAUUUUUACCUGGAUGUCUUUGAAGCGAGUGCCAGCACGAAGGGCUGAUUGGGGGAUUGACAGGGCCCUGCGUAGCUAAAACUGGGUGAUAAUUCGUUAACAUCCUUUCCCUGACCACCCCCUGGGGUUUCUGUGUGUGUCCUGGAGUUUAAUGACUUGCCAUGAGCUGUUUAGAUCCCAAUUGGAUCCUACAGAGCUGAAAUGCAAAAACAGCCUUAAUUAGAUGUACCCAAUCACUGUAGUCAGUGGGGCUUACUCAAUGACCAAGGGCUAACUGACGUAAUGAGCUAUAUAGGAUCAGGCUUUUUACCAACUACUCAGUACUAUUACCUCUGCUCCUCUACAUUUUUUAUGGACUCAAAUUGCUCCAUCUCCUCCUCCCACAGUUUCUUCCAGCCACUUGAAAAUGUUGCCUUAUAAACCAUUGGAAAACCAAGAGGUAUUAAGAUCAAAGCAUUUAAAAACAUUUCUAACAGCUCAGUUAUUGCCUUAAAAUUAAAAAACCAACAACAAACAAAACCAAAACCCUAAAUUCUCGAAAGCUGCUGUGGAUCAGGAAUGAAUUAUUUGGAGUAGCUGCAUUAUUACCCUUUGCUAAAAGGGACUGGCAUUUUUAUUUAUGAAUACCAAAGAUGAAGAAGCUGUACAAUGAUAAGUUGUGAUAACUUGCUGUGAACAAACCCCUAUCUCGUGGUAUGGAUUGUGCAUUUUGAGUGCAUGCGUGUCAGAGUCUUCAGGAACCUCAGCCUGUUCACUUUUUGAGUUAAGGGAAGUUCUCCGAAGGCACAAGGAGCAGCUGGUACCUCACUCUUGUCUUUCAGUAGAAGGUGGAUGUCUCUGAAUACCAUUGUCCUCCUGGGCACACGUUUUGUAUUACACUUGUCACCUUCCUGCCACUAGGAUAAAAACACGUUGUCCUUCCAUGAUCCACACUUGACUUCUAUCAAAUGGAAGACUUUUCAUGCCUGUUCCAUCUCCCAUGUCAGCCAAACAUUUUUCUUACCUGCUGGCUUGUGUAUUGAGCUCCUGUGUAUCUUUUAGCUCUUUCUUUAAGCUGCAAGCAGUUGCUGGGCUUGCAGGAGUGAUUCCAAUCUGCAUUUGCAGUGAAUGGCAUGAGCUGCGCUGCCAGUCCCCAAAACCGCACCAGGCGUUUCUCACUGUGCCCUGAGUCUGCCUUAACCUCCACCUUGAAAAAGUCUUCUGUAAAUAUUUCGGAGCUGUUACUGAAUUGCACUGUACAAAUCUGGCAAGUCUCUUGUGUGUUGCUAGGGGAGCCAACUUUUUAUGGAACAAUCUUUGCAUUGUGUUGUGUAAAUAAAAUCCUCUUGGUAAA